CGGUAUUGUAAUCGGUUUCCAGAUUGUGACUGUUAGUUCUUUGAUCUCCCCUCAUCCUGGGUGGUGGGGAGCCGCUCACUUUGCGCAGCUUUUUUUUGUGAAUGAACAACUUGAAGGCGGCCGCUUCGCAAGAGCAUUUGCCUGCGUCAGAUCUCGCUCAUCCCGCCUGUUGGCGCAGGUGGCACCCGGUCGGCGCGUGGAUUAUGAUAUUGGACAGAAAAUCAAUGGAUGAGUCCGAUAUCGACGUGGUCGGAGACGGUAACAAAGACGCCAAAACUCAGAACGCCUCUCCGCUGGACAGUGCAAGGAGCGUAACGGAACCAAAGGAUGCGUCAUCAUCUCCAAGCCAUGAAGAAGAGGAUAAGGAAGAAAACAACCCGUCUGAAAAAUGUCCAACUACGGCCAGGAGUCCCACAACGGUGAAACCCCCUUACUCAUAUAUUGCCUUGAUAACUAUGGCAAUCCUCCAAAGUCCCAAAAAACGUUUGACAUUGAGUGAGAUUUGUGACUUCAUCAGCCAACGAUUUUCUUAUUACCGUGAGAAAUUCCCAGCUUGGCAGAAUUCAAUCCGACACAACCUGUCCCUCAAUGAUUGUUUUGUCAAAAUGCCACGCGAGCCGGGAAAUCCCGGUAAGGGGAAUUAUUGGACUCUGGACCCCAUGUCGUCGGACAUGUUCGAGAACGGGAGCUUUCUGCGUCGAAGGAAGCGCUUUAAACGGCAACACUUCCGUUUCAGUAUGGUGAAGGAGACGCCACUGGAGCUAACCGGCUUGCCGAGCUUUGCCUACGGUGCGUAUGGAAUGGGCACCGCGCGCUUUCAGCUCCCGUGUUUGGAGUUAUACAAUGUUGGCAUGGAGCACCACGCGGGGUCGUCCUGUUCUCCGACCAUUCCACCUGUUAGCAGCAUCUUGCCGGCGUUGUCCACUCUUUUCUCCAGAACUUCAGGUACACGGCCGAAAGCAUUCCUUCCCUCGCAGCCGCUUGCUUUUGAGUCGCUGGAUACGACUCGCGGGACUCCGGUGUCCUCAGCCCUGGUCCCGGGUUCGCCGUUUUUACCUCCGGUCGCUCUCCAUCCAGUUGGCACUCAGCAUCUUCUAAACCUGCAAGAGUACCACAAGUUUCAUUCCCUCCACAGUCCAGGCCUCGCCAAUAAACUUUUACAGCACCUUGGUGACGCCAGCACUUAGUUGUUUAAUUACAGGUACCCAAGGUGGCAUGACUUGGAACCGGUGACAUGGCGGUUUUUAAAUGUCACUGUUCAAAUAUGGUCAUUAACUCCUAUCAUUCAAAUAUUGUUGACAUUAUAUUAUUGAUUCAUCAGAGUAAAGUCAGCGAUUUUGUG